AUGCCCAUUAAUGGACAUCGCCAUCUAGAGACUCACAUUCAGACGUACAUGCAUACAUACAUACAUACCCACCUACACACACAUGUCCUCUGCGUGUUCCAUACAUUGAAUAAAUGCAUACAGUGUGUCGUUUUCUUCUUUUGUCUUUCUUUGCUUAUUGGUCUUGUUCCGUGCCGUUGUCAAUACUUCUUUGGGCAGGGACAGGCAAGGCGUCAAGGGGGUGGGGGUGAUCGCAUGCUGGAGGGCGACAUCGACGAUGUGUGGGCCGUCGUGACGGAGGUGGCUGUUGCCGAGCUCCUCGCUGCCGCAGCGAACAGCGGCGGCGGGUCUGGUCCGGCGGCGGUGGCAACAGCAACGAUUCUCCUGCGGCUGCCGCGCAGCCCUGACUCGUGGAGUCGGCGCGAGCGCGACGCUUUCCUGCUGUGCCUCGACCGCGCAGUGGGGCGCGUAUACCCGCCGCUCGA